AUGAGUGGCGAUGUUAUUACGGAAAUCAACUACCUUAUUAACACGACAGAUGGCUGUUCUGCUUACGACUUGCGAAGCAAGAAGAAUAGCGUUGAUCUUGACAUAAAUAUCUUGGAAGUGCUCAAAUGCGAAGGCUCCACACAGGAAGAGUUCGAAGACGGUAGUGCAGCACAACAGGCACAUUUAUUAAAUGAUUGUAGUGAACAAAAAACAUUAAACAAAAUAUCGUUAGAAUCUAUAAGCGAAACUGAUCAUCAUCAUGUUCAACAUAAGGAUAUUCAUUAUGGAAAGCCAUAUUUUGCUGUGUUGCUGGCUGCUUUUUCUUCAUUGGGCGGAUGGUUUUUUGGCUAUGAUCAAGGCGUUACUGGUGGUAUAGUUAUCAUGAAUUCAUUUAAAAAUGACUUUUGUAUUGGGGUGUAUGCCAAUGCAAGCGUCUGUGAUCUUUCAAUAGCUGCUUUGCCUCCUGACUACAGACAAUUUUUGGUACUUUUUACGUUAAUGUAUAAUCUCGGAUGUUUUAUUGGUGCUCUGUUCAUUUCUUCAUGUGUGGCAGAAAAAUUCGGACGUCGAGCCAUUAUUUUCACUUCAGCAGUUCUGUUUAUAAUUGGCACUUCAAUGGUUAUUUUACCACCGGGAGGUUCAAAAACGAUAAUGAUUUUCAUACUGAUUGGACGGAUUGUCGAAGGCACAGGCGUUGGUUGUUCUUCGUUUUCCUGUCCACUGUACGCUUCAGAAAUAGCUCCAACAAAUUUACGUGGAAUGCUUUCUGGCUUUAUGACAAUGGGCAUAGUAACUGGUUUGUUUGCUGCUAAUGUGGUCAAUUUCUUUUUACAAGAUCAUAAAUGGGGCUGGCGAUUGUCAAAUGCCAUUAUUUUAAUUGCUCCAAUUAUUAUUAUGAUGGGUAUAUUUCUCUGUCCUGAAACUCCUCGAUGGCUAUUCAAGAAAAAAGGUCGAAAAUCGGCAGAAAAAAGUUUAAAACGCAUUCGUAAAAUAUACAAUGUAACUGCUGAGUUAAACGCUAUUGCCGAUGCUAUACGAGAAGAAGGCAAUGAACUUUCAAUCAAAGAACUCUUUACAACAAAGAAAAUGCUGGAAAGACUUGGUAUAGGUAUGGGCAUACAUGUUUUCCUGCAAACAUCAGGUAUUAGUCCUAUAUUUGCAUUUGGUGGCAUUAUUUUCCAAAGUGUUCUUGGAUCAGGUAUCAUAUCACUAUUAAUAUUGUCUGGUGCAAAUCUGCUUAGUACUAUACCAGCCUUAUUCUUGUUUGAUAGAGUUGGUCGUCGAAACCUUCUUAUAUUUUGUGGCUUAGGUAUGGUAGUUGGUCAUCUUGUAGCAGCUACAGUAUUUGCUACUGGUUGUAAUGUAGUCAAAACUGUCAUUAAUGAUAUUAUAGUGAAUGAAGAAGUGAAUUGUGGAACAAAUGCUGGCAUAUUGAUGCUGAUCUUUACAGUUGUCUAUAUAGUUUGUUUUGCACUUUCUUGGGGGGCAAUCUGCUGGAUUUAUGCAGCUGAAAUUUAUCCUCUUAAUAUCAGGGCUACGGCAAUGUCACUAACAACAGCGAGCCAUUGGUUUAUGUGUAUAAUUAUGUCUUACAUAUUGGAGUUAAUAGCACCCUUAGGAAUACAUGGAGUAUUUUAUCUUUUCGGUAGUCUAUGCCUUUUGGCUGUAGUAUUCGCUUAUCUUUUCUGUCCGGAAACGAAAGGGAUUUUACUGGAAGAUAUUGAAGAAGUGUUUGAUAAUUUUCAAUUGAAAGAUAGAACAAUAGUGAAAGUGUUGCGGAGAUCACCAUGUCAGCGAAACACAAAAAAAACGUACAAAGAGAGUCAACAUGAGGGUAAUGGCAGUUAG